UUCGACCUUGUUUGUCAGGGACAGAGCGAGAGAGAGAGAGAGAGACCGAGCAUGGGAGCGACGAAGCCCGAUGCGGUCGACUACGGGGCGUUGCGGGAGCUGUUCAGGCACCACAUAGAGUCCUUCGACCACUUCUUGGAUCGCGGCUUGGAUACUAUGCUCCUCAAGAUCAAGCCCGUCCAAAUUUUCGAUCCCCUGUCCAACAAGACGCUUAGCAUCUCGUUUGAGAACCCUCAGGUAUAUCAACCUCAAAAGGAGGGUGUUUCAAAGACAAUUCGUGAUACUCUCUUACCCUACGAAUGUAGACAAGCUAAACUUUCCUACUCUGGGAAGUUCAUGGUGGACGUCUGUUUUCAAUACGACAAUGGACCAGCUGUUAUACGCGAAAAAUUUAAUUUCGGCUAUCUUCCAAUAAUGUUAAAGUCAAAGCUUUGCCACUUGAGUGGCGCUGACCCGCAAAAGUUGGUUUCUUGCAAAGAGGAGUCUUCUGAGAUGGGUGGCUAUUUCAUCUUGAAUGGGCUAGAGAGGGUGGUUCGUCUUCUGAUAUUGCCAAAGCGGAACUAUCCGAUGAGCAUGGUGCGGAAUUCAUUUCGUGACCGACGUGAAGGAUAUACAGACAAAGCAGUAGUAAUAAGGUGUGUCAGAGAAGACCAGUCUUCUGUGACAGUUAAACUAUAUUACCUUCAAAAUGGUAGUGCGAGACUUGGAUUUUGGAUUCAGGCUAGAGAGUAUUUGCUUCCUGUUGGUGUUGUUUUGAAGGCACUUAUCGACACCAAUGAUCAUGAAAUUUAUGCUAGUUUGACAUGUUGCGAUAAUGAGAAAUAUGGCAGAGGGAAGGGUGUUGUGGGUACUCAACUUGUGAGUGAAAGGGCUAAGAUUAUACUUGAUGAACUUCGAGAUCUGGCUCUUUUUACACGACGCCGAUGUCUGCAACAUAUCGGAGAGCAUUUCCAACCUGUUAUGGGUGGUCUAGAAAACGAAAGUUAUAUCUCUGUUGCGGAUGCUGUUCUUCGGGACUACAUUUUUGUCCACCUUGAUAACAACUAUGACAAGUUCAAUCUUCUCAUCUUUAUGGUGCAGAAGCUUUUUUCUCUCAUUGACCAGACUUCAGUUCCAGAUAACCCAGAUUCUUUGCAAAAUCAGGAAGUUUUACUGCCUGGUCACCUGAUUACAAUUUAUUUGAAGGACAAACUAGAAGAUUGGCUACAAAAGGCAAAAAAGCUUCUUCAAGACGAGAUAAAGAACAAAGGAAAAAACUUUGAUUUCUGUAGCUUGGCACAUGUUAAGAAGGUCAUGGACAAAAAUCCCGGAAGGCAGAUUGGUUCAGCCAUAGAAAAUAUGUUAAAAACUGGAAGGCUCAUUACACAAUCAGGUCUGGAUUUGCAGCAGAGGGCAGGCUAUACAGUUCAAGCGGAGAGGCUAAACUUCCUGCGUUUUCUUUCACAUUUUCGGGCUGUACAUAGGGGUGCAUCCUUUGCGGGGUUGCGGACAACGAGUGUUCGAAAGUUGUUACCUGAAUCUUGGGGUUUUCUUUGCCCUGUACACACUCCUGAUGGGGAGCCUUGUGGUUUGCUAAACCAUAUGACUUGCACCUGUAGGAUCACAUCCUUUUUUGAUUCAAAAGGAAACAUUCGAGAUUUUUCCAAGAUAAGAAUUUCAAUUCUAAAUGUUCUGAUUGGAGUUGGAAUGACACCUUCACUCCCCAAAAUCGCUCAAGCUGGCCCUCCUGAAGUUCUCUCUGUCCUUCUAGAUGGGCGUGUUGUGGGCUCUAUUCCCUCUGCUGAAGUUGAAAAGGCUGUUUCUUAUUUGCGUAGAUUAAAGCUGCCAACUACUUCAGGGAUUCCUGAUGAUCUGGAGGUAGGAUAUGUUCCUCUGAGCUUUGGUGGGGCAUAUCCUGGUCUUUAUCUAUUUACAAACCCUUCAAGAUUUGCGCGCCCAGUUAGAAAUAUAUCUGCUCCUGUAGAUGAAAGCCAAAACAUUGAACUCAUCGGUCCAUUUGAGCAGGUGUUUAUGGAAAUUAGAUGCCCUGAUGGUGGAGAUGGGGGAAGAAGAAAUGAAUUUCCUGCAACUCAUGAAGAGAUUCAUCCAACUGGAAUGCUCAGUGUGGUUGCUAACCUCACACCAUGGUCUGAUCAUAAUCAGAGCCCACGAAACAUGUACCAGUGUCAGAUGGCAAAACAAACAAUGGCUUUCUCUUCACAAGCCAUUCAUUUCCGUGCGGACCAAAAAUUGUAUCAUCUUCAGACUCCUCAAACUCCAAUAAUACGAACAGGUGCGUACACAAAGUAUUGCAUAGAUGAGUAUCCAACCGGGACAAAUGCAAUUGUUGCUGUGCUGGCUUAUUCAGGGUAUGAUAUGGAGGAUGCUAUGAUUCUGAAUAAGUCAUCUGUAGAACGUGGAAUGUUCCAUGGACAAAUAUACCAGACAGAGACCAUUGACUUAUCUGAGCUAAGCAGCAAAUCUGAUCGAGCACAGAGGAUGUUUAGGAGAAGUAACACUGAUAAAUCAGUUCACCCUUGGAUUGAUUCUGAUGGACUUCCAUACGUUGGUCAGAUGAUACAUCCAAAUGAGCCGUAUUGCAGUAUAUAUAAUGAGGUGACAAAUACUACCAAAAACCAUCUACGAAAGGGGUCAGAAUCUGUGAUAGUUGAUUAUGUGGCUGUUGAUGUGAAAAAUAAGAAAAGUCUUCAAAAGGCAAAUAUACGUUUUCGGCAUCCAAGGAAUCCUGCAAUUGGUGACAAAUUUAGCAGUAGGCACGGGCAGAAAGGUGUUUGCUCACAGUUGUGGCCAGACGUGGAUAUGCCUUUUUCAGGAAUGACAGGGAUGCGUCCAGACUUGAUAAUUAAUCCCCAUGCAUUUCCUUCCAGGAUGACAAUUGCUAUGCUUCUGGAGUCGAUUGCUGCUAAGGUGGGCAGCUUAGAUGGUGAAUUUGUCGAUGCAACUCCAUUUGCUAGCUCUGAUAAGCAAACUAACGGAGAAGAGAAACCUGAAUCUGAAUCGCUUGUUGAUCAAAUCGGGACCAAGUUAAGGAAGAAAGGGUUCAAUUACCAUGGGGUGGAAGUGCUGUACAGUGGUGUCUAUGGAACGGAACUCACGUGUGAGAUCUUUAUUGGGCCUGUGUAUUAUCAACGACUAAGGCACAUGGUCUCGGACAAGUUUCAGGUUCGCUCCACUGGAACAGUAGACCAGGUCACACGGCAGCCCAUCAAAGGAAGAAAGCGAGGUGGAGGCAUCCGAUUCGGGGAGAUGGAAAGAGAUUCCAUGGUUGCACAUGGGGCGGCAUAUCUAUUGCACGACAGGCUACACAUGUGUUCCGAUCACCAUAUUGCUGACGUAUGCUCCCUCUGCGGGAGCAUCCUCACCACGGACUUUGUCCAGCCUCAAAGGCGUCCGGGCCGGGAGAUUGGAGGGCUCCCACCUCUCAGGGCUCCUAAAAAGGUCACCUGUCACUCGUGCCAGACGAGCAGAGGGAUGGAAACCGUCGCAAUGCCUUACGUUUUCAGAUAUUUGGCUGCUGAGCUAGCGGCGAUGAACAUCAAAAUGACCUUGCAUAUAAGCAAUGGAGCCGGGGCCUGAUUCUUGUUGCCACAUUUGCUAGGCGUCCACCCAAUUUUUGAAAUGCCAGGAGGCUGGUGCCAUGAUGGUUGAGCGGGUUCCAAUUCACACUCA